CGUCCUCGUCCUCGUCCUCGCGUUUUGUGUGUCCCGCCCUCGCCGCCGCCGUGCUGACCCUCCUCCGGUCCAUCCGCAAACUCCGGCCCAGUCACGCACGAUCUCCAUCACAUGCCACCCUUCCUCACCACCAACGUGGUCGUUGGGCCAGACUUGUUGCAGCAAAGUCGACAAGCCAGCCAGCCAGCCAGCCAGCCAGCCAGCCAGCCCAGCCCUGCCCAGCCCAAGCAAUCUCAAGUGCUGACUCACGCUACUCCCACCGCGCUGGCAACUGCAUGCAUAAGAGCAAGGCGAUCGGCUCAUGAGUCACUUGCAACUAGGACUUUGUUGUCGCCCUGUUGUCGCCCUACAGACCGACUUACACACAUCAACGCAUGCAGCAGAGGCAUCCCCGGAGUUGAGUUGGUCAGCCCGGGGUUUUUGCUCGGCGCCACGAGACAACAGACCCCACGCCCUGGCCAGGUUUCCAAUCCAUGUUCGUCUUGUCAGCUGAACUCUGUCGCAACCCAGAGAACUUCCUGUGCAUCCUGGGCAUUCCUGUGCGGUGCUGUGCUGUGCUGUGCGGCGCGGGCGCGGCGCCGGCGCGAGCCACCAAAAUCCGUCAAACAACGGCACGCCGGGUUUCAGCUAUCAACUCCGCCAACUGCUACGAUGCCACAGGGGCAGCGCCCCCGUUUCGUUUCGCCUCAAGCUUGCAUGGAGACGCGACACAGGUGGCAGCAUCCUCGACCAGACACUGGGCUAUCUCGUACGAUCUCGCAGGCCCCCAGUCGAGCGCAGGUGGUCGCUAG